UUAAACUCCAGCGAUUUUCCGAGAGAGAUGAGUACCCUUUCUUCACUAAAUUCGCUAAUUCCGUUAGAAAAUCAAUUCCAAUUUCCCGCCAUUUCAAACAACAGGAUUAGGGUAAACCAUAUAAGAAUUUCAGCUAGUCUCAACAACAAUAAUUCUGAAGAAACUAAUCUUAAUCUCUCCGUUCUUCGUUUCACACUCGGUAUACCUGGUUUGGAUGAAUCUAAAUUACCUAGAUGGAUUGGACGUACAUUUGGUUCAUUGAUAGUCUUAAAUCACUUUGUUGGUUCCAAUUCAUACACGUCACCUUCACAGCUUAGAUCGGAGGCUUUAGGUCUAUGUUUGGCUGCAUUUUCGAUUACUAUACCUUACGUUGGUAAAUUUCUCAAGGGUGCAGCUCCAGUAGAACGACCAGCUCUUCCGGAAGGAAACAAGCAAAUAUUUGCUAUGUCGGAGAGUCUCUCUGAUAGAGAUAGGGAGGAUUUGGCGUGGGGAACAUUUGUCCUGCUAAAGAAUACCAACACCGUAUCAGUGCUUAUAUCAGCUCAAGGUGCCUUAUGUGUACGAGGUUACUGGAAUUCACCAGAGAGUGCAUCAAAAGCUCAAAUACUUGAAUGGUUGGAGAGACAGAUUCAGCAAAUUGGCCUCUCUGACUUGAAGGAGACACUUUAUUUUCCUCAGGGCGCAGAUUCUGCAGUUUGGGAGAUGCUCCCUGAGGGUACCCGUUCCGUUCUAGUACAACCAGCGCCAGGAGAUCCUAACACCACUGCUAGUGAAGCAACAAAGAAGAUUGGGGGAUUUAUCUUGUUAGCUUCUAGCAUGAGUUACGCAUACAAUGAUAGAGACAGAGCCUGGAUAGCUGCAGUUGCUAACAAGUUUAAAGACAAGGCACAGUAUUCAGCAGUUGGUCUGUAAAAAAGUGAGAAGUAUUCUGUUCACUCAUAUGUACAGAGAGAUAAAAUUUUGCGCUGAUGCCUUUAGCUAGAAAGGGUUCAAGAAAGAAUAGAGGAAACAGGGAGGAGCACAGUGACAGGCCUGUUCGGGUUAGUAGUAUUGACUAUUGAGAUAACGGCUGUGGCAUACUUUAGAUUUUGUGUAGAGUUAUCUUUUGUUGUCUAUUUGCUUUUUCUUUUGUUCUUGUUGCUCUUUUCUUCAGUUUGUUGAAGAAUUGAGUCUUGUCUUAAAAGUUCUGCGAUAAAUUUUUUAUGUUUGAGCAAAAAAAGAAAAAAAUCACACUGCAUGACAAGGGUUAUACCAUAGUGCAAUACAUAUUUUCACCCGAAAAAUACUCAAUAGACAGUAAACCUUACAAUCAAUUACAUGGCUUCUUGUGGGAAUCCAAAUUCCUUGUGGGUGCUGCUUCCAAAGGUAUGCUCCAACCUAGGCUUGAAAUUCACUAACAACCCAUUUUUCAUGUACAGUGUAGUUUUCACUUUUGGAACAACUGUUUGGCCUUCAACAACCUUAACUGAGUAUCUUAGCAAGAUUGAAGCAGCCACCAUUUUCAUCUGAAUUCUUUCCCCCAUAUAGCUUCAGUUCGGCCAAUGGAGUACAUGGAGUAGACUAUCAAAUCUUUCUUUUUAACAGCAGUACCAUUGGGCAGUACAUCAUCCUCUCUAGCCUCCUUGAUAUCGUGUGGUACAGACGGAUAGAGCCUCAGUGUUUCUGAUAGAGCAGCUUCAAGAUGCACCAUUUUCUUUAACUCAUCCGCUGUAAACACAAUUUCGUUUAUGUUUUCGCUGUCACACUUCCUGUGGCUUAUAAUUACUUUGAUCUCGUUGAGAAUUA